AAAGUAACAGGAACGGUGAGAGGUCUAUCUGCUAAGAGCGCACAACAGUCACUGAAAUAGCAUAAAAUGCCCAACCCCAAAACCUCCCUUUCGGCGCUUCUGCUACAUAAUACAAACAAACAAACAAACAAACUUUGCACCCCAUACUCAUCAAAAUCCACUCACCACCAAGCCCAAAGUACAUUUCUUUUUUCAUUGUCUGCGAUACCCACAUCGAAAGAGAGGCAGAGGAGAAGGAAACAGCAAUGGAAGAAGAGGGAGUCGAGAUUGUAUUGGCUAGAGCAGUAGAAUUGAGGUUAAAGAUCAGCAAUUGCAUCCACAAAGCAAGCACCAGCACCAACAAUACCAAUGUCGACUCUAUCUCUUCUAAAGAAAACAAACAAGAAAAGGGAGGUGUUGAAGAGGGCGUGAUUGUGAAGGGGGAGAAUGAAAAGAGCGCUAAUUCUCAGUGUCUUGAUGAGGUUUCAUUGAGUGAAGCAGACGAAGAAGAUGACGAGACUGAGAGGCUUUUUAUUAUCCGCGAUGCUCUUGAAUCCCUUGAGCACCAGCUCUCCAACUUGCAGGAUUUGCAGCAACAGCAACGUUAUGAGAGAGAAGUUGCCCUUAGUGAGAUUGAACAGAGCCGCAAGAUGUUAUUGGAUAAGCUAAAGGAGUACGAAGGGGAUGACUUAGAAGUAAUAAAGGAAGCUUCUGCAUUUGCUGGUGAAACAGUGGAGCAUAACAAUGACCUUUUACUUCCACCUUAUCCAAGCCGUCCUCCACAGUCCCUUGUUGUAGACAAUCACUCUCUGUCACACUUUCCUUAUACACGCAAGUCCGUCCGGAAUGGGCUAAUAGCUGGUGAAGCAAAGAAGAAUCUGAAUGAGUCAGAAAGCAAUAAGGCACAGAAGGCAUCUGAAAAUUCAAGCAGAUGGUUAGGACAUUUCAUUGGUGCAGCUGCUAAGAUAGCGAUCACUCUUGGUGUGAUAUCAGUGUUAAGCCUGUCUGGUUUUAGACCUAAUGUUGGGAAAAGAAGUAUACCUUUUAAUAAGAUGGACUUGUUUCAGCAGCCAACAACUAAAGAAAAGAGAUGCAAUGAAUGUCCACCUGGGAGAGUUCUGAUUGUGGAAGGUGGGGAGGGUCGAUGCGUUGUGAAAGAGAGGGUUGCAAUUCCUUUUGAAUCGUUAGUUGCAAAACCAGAUAUAAACUAUGGCUGUGGUUAAUUUGGUAUUCAGUAUCUUCUUUUAUCCUUUUUUUCUUUUUGGUUUUUUCCUUUCUAAUGUAUUUUUUUGGGUAGAUUAUCACCUAGAUAUUGUAUGUUUUAUUUCUUUAUUAUUAGGUGUGAAGAUUUUGAUUCAAUGGCCCACAGUAAUUGUGAUAAUUCAGAA